AUGCCAAACAUCGAUUCGUACAACGGAGGCACGGAUCCCCCCGAAUAUCUCUCAAAGUUUAAUAAAUUGAUGUUGGUCCACAUCGUCUCUGAGGAUGCCAAAUGCCACAUCUUCCCUUUAACCUUGACGGGAUCAACAGAUGAAUGGUUCAAGAAGCACAAGCUUGGGUCCAUUCACUCCUUGCACCAACUCCCCUCCUCCUUCAAAGGACAAUUCAUAGCUUCACGGAAGGUGAACUUCAAGGUUAAUGAUUUGGCCAACUUAAAGCAAGGACCACUUGAGACCCUUAAAGCUUACAUCAAAUGCUUUAAGGAGGAAGCAGCCAAGACCAAGCGGGUCAAUGAUGGCCAACAACUGAUGGACCUACAAGAUGGCAUCCAAUUCAACUCUGCUGUCCAACUAGCUGGUUUCACCACAAUGUUAAGUGUUGGCUUUGGUGCUGCCUCGACAGCCUAUGGAGCAGCUCCCACUGGAUACAAUGCAUUUCAUCCUAUAUUCAGUUUUGCAACUGCGGGCUUGACUCAGUUUGUGGCACCCAGCAAGACCCCUAGUGGGAGCAAACAAUGGGGAAAAGGCAAGGGCAAGAAAUCCAAGAGAACUGGAGCAACUCUCGACGAGAAGUACACUCCACAAUACUCCAAGUACACGGACCUGGUGGAUACUCAGGAGAAAAUUUUCCUAGCCACUAAGCAGCAAGCCCAUUAUCGGAAACCACCGCCUAUGCGGAGGGAUCGAGAGAAGAGAGAUUCCACUAAGUUCUAUCGAUUUGACAAUUAUGUGGGGCACCGCACCAACGAGUGUAGGAAAAUAAAGAUGAGAUCGAAAGUCUCAUCAAACAAGGGCACCUCCACCAGUAUGCUAGGAUCGGCGCCCAUCCAACCCAGGCUUCCAUUGCAGGGUUGCCUUGACCCCUGGUCCAAGUGCUUGCGACCUCACAGCAGCAGAUAA